UCAUGAACGUACCUGUGCUUGGACGUCGGAGUUAGUUUAGCGGCCAAGGUGGGACUUCUAGCGCUAAACGGUAGACGGGGGAGCAGAAUGGUUUAUGCCUUCAUUAUCCACACGCUACCACCGGACACAUGCCGGGUGUUGUUUUCUUGCACAUUUGGGUUUGAGAAUGCCAAGUUGGAUGAACGUAGCAUCGAAAACGAGGGUGCUGUCACGGAAAUGAGAACGCUUCGGAAAGAGCAAAUGGCGCUGGUGGCACGUCAGGUUCAAUCGGAAUUCUCCUUCCAGAAGGCUGUUUCGGAGCGAGUAACUUACAGUGAUGGCUUGAGCAGUGGCCAGGAUGACUUGUUGCGAGAUGCAGAGCUUGGCAUGUUCCGACUAGCGGCCGGUGAUCCAUUCAAGACAGAGAAAAUCGCUGUCUGGUUAGGGGUUGGAAAGACGGGAUUCAUCCUUGUUUGUGAGACUCAUGAGAACCGUUUACAGGUGGAGAAUCAAUUGCGUUUGUUGGUGAAGAAUUUACAGGAGCAUGUGAAGGCUGUUCGUCAACCGACCGAAGUGCUUGAGAAGGGUGAUCGUGUGAUGGAGGUUCUUCAUCAUUUCUUGCCGUCAGGACGAAUAAUAUUCAUGAACCAUGCUUUAAUCAAACAAACUGAAAAGGAGCUAGAUAUUGCAAUGAAACUGAAAUGAAGGUCUGCCAGUAUCUGCUUGUAUUGACAGAUAUCUGCUUGUAUUUGCUUUUAUAUAAUUUUCCAACUUUUUCAAAGAUAUAUUUCAAAUAUGUAUUGC